CAGAUCACUUUUCAUCAUGAGUCGGCUCCCACGCUGCCGUUCGCACAACCGUCUCGCCUCUUUCACUCUCUCCAUUCCUCUCUUCCUCCCUCAGUCCGUGGGCUGCGGAGCCGGGAGCGCGCGAGGACUUUAGGGGCCGUGUGACGGGGGACCGGAGCGUGGAGUGGGACGGAGGUUCAGCCACGGCAGGGAUUAACCUCAGGGAGGGGGUGGGGGGUUACAUCUCUGGGGAAAAGCCUCUUUUCUCCUUCCUCAGCAGGGAGAGGGCGAGAAAAGAGAAAAAAGAAGUAGCGUGCGCUCCUCACAAAGAGGAGUCUACUGAUUUUUUCCAACAGACUACAGGAGUUCGACAAGGAAGACCUUCACGACCGCGUCCGUAGUCAUAUACAAGCUUUUGAGUAACAUGAAGGGUUUCUGUAAGGCUGGCCCACUCGCCAUUGACGUGCAUUCGGGGCCUCAGGCCGACGUCUUGGUGCUUUGAUGAGGUAACGGCGGAGCCCGGAAACCCAGCCCCUGCGUCGCACUACCCCCUCCCUUUCCCCUCCUCCCUCCCCCUCGCCACACAACCAAGCCAUGGGGCAAAAGAUCUCGGGGGGCAUAAAGUCCGUGGACGCACGUGGGGAACCGUCCUUUAGACCUCUGAGGAGAGAGCUGAGAGGGCCGGACUUCUUCAAGCCCGCCAGGUUGGACUUACUGCUGGACAUGCCCACCGCUCCACACGAGCAGCAGCUUAGACACGCAUGGAAUCCGGAUGACCGUUCCCUGAACAUCUUCAUCAAGGAUGAUGACAAACUUACCUUCCAUCGCCACCCGGUUGCUCAAAGCACAGACGGUAUACGGGGUCGGGUGGGUUUCACGCGAGGACUUCACGUUUGGAGGAUCCAUUGGCCCGCCAGGCAGCGGGGCACACACGCGGUGGUGGGCUUGGCCACGGCAGAUGCUCCGCUGCACUCGGUUGGCUAUACGUCGUUAGUUGGCAGUGAUGCUGAGUCCUGGGGCUGGGACCUUGGACGUAACAAGCUCUACCACAACAGUAAGAACCGACCGGCAUCUUCGUCCCCCACCUACCCGAGCUUCCUGGAGCCAGAGGAGGCCUUUGUGCUGCCAGAUGCCCUGAUGGUGGUGCUGGAUAUGGAUGAGGGCACCUUAAGCUUCAUGGUGGAUGGACAGUACCUUGGAGUGGCCUUCAGAGGCCUUAAGGGCAAAAAGCUUUACCCCAUCGUCAGUGCGGUGUGGGGUCACUGUGAGAUCACUAUGCGCUACAUCAAUGGCCUAGAUCCGGAGCCUCUGCCUCUGAUGGACCUGUGUCGACGCGCAGCGCGGCUGGCUCUGGGACGUGAGCGUCUGCAGGAGAUUGAAACCUUGCCUUUGCCCCAGUCUCUGAAGAAUUACCUCCAGUACCAGUGAGAGCAGAACUCAGGCCCUCAUGACGGACACGCACAGAGAGGACGCCGUGCAACUGUAACGCCACCAUCAGGCGGAUGAGGGAAACAUGUUUACAAUGUGGCUCACUAGUGGAAUCUUAGGGUUUUGUAUUUGUUUGUUUUAGUUGUUUUUAUUUUUCCUCUUUAUGAGUUGUUUAAAUUAUUGACGGCUUUGGAAGAAGCACGGAGGACAGUGUUGUUGAAAUUAAACUGGACGGUGUGCAGCGGCUCUCCAGCGCCUCCGUGUGUACGUUUCGCCCUGGAGAAUACGCCAAGGAGCGGUGUUUCAGAAGCACAGUAAUCUUGGGAUGCCUUUGAAAGCUCACAGUAAUAAUCUUGCGCUCUUUUCCUGGAUUUUAACCUGCAGAGCACAGUCAACACUCAAAGGAGAGCUCACCGAGACAACAUCUCAGUGCAGACAACCCUGAAAGGUGCCAGUACCGUUACCUGCACACAAGAACACCGGGGAACAUUAGUAUAUACGGACCGACAGCAGACAUUUCCCGUUUUUCCUGGGAUGGAUGUGUUUUCCCAUGGACACACAUAUGCAUACGCACAUACUGUAUACAGCCAACAAUCAUAUGCGCAUUUUACAUUUUUUUUAUUUCUUCCUCUGAGAGCUCGAGUCACUUUGUCUAUCUGAAUUUUACGGAGACCGUCUGGUCACCCCUCGGAGAAAAAAAAAACAAGACCCGCAAAAACCGUGCUCUGUUCGUGGGUACAGUUUAUUAAUCCGAGAGCACGGUUUUGUAAACUGAGGGAACGAAUUACAAAACUGUGGCCACGGAUUUGCAGGUCUUGUUUUUUUUCUCCGAGGGGUGAUCAGACGGGCUCCGUAAAAUUUGUACCCUGAUUUUAUUGUGAGUGUAAUUUUUAUUUUUUAGUUGAUGAUCUAUCGAGAUGUUUUGUCUCUCUUUAGUUUUAUUUAUCAGGUUCUAGUUUCGUUAAUGGACAGAACGUGCGAGCUAGCACAUAGAUGAACACGAUCAUACUCAUCACAUAUGGCUUUCUAUUUUAAACUGGGAUGCUGCUGUUAUACAAUUAAUACAAUUAAUAAUAUUAUUAUUAUUCUGCCUGGAUGUUCAGAGAGAAGUCUGGUUUUCUGAGGCGCAGUGGAAUGUAAAGAUCUCGCUAGCAUUAGCAUAUUUGAAAUGUGAAUAAAAGCCAAGUGAACGAGA